AUGAACUUGGGAGCCUGGACUUGCUCACUCUUGACUGACUUGUGUCCAUCUCUUGCCAUCGGCGUCAUCGUUACUCGUAAGCCUCCUGUCGACUCUAUAGAUUUCCUUGGCUUCGGUAUAUAUUACCCUGACAACGAUAUCCGCCGAAUCGUUUCUAAACAUCAUCAACCGAGUGCCAGACAUGACCCACCGAAACGCAAACACGAUAUGGACAUGCAAUGUCUGCUCUGCCACUUUCCAGCGGUUAGACCAUCUCAAGCGUCAUUCAGCAGCACGUACGUGUAUAUCCUCAGAAGAGGGAAACCGCCGGAGAUAAGCGAUGUGCUAAACCACAACAGACAGGGCGGAAAGGCCUUUUCUUUGCGAUUUUUGUGGUUCUAUAUAUAA